AUGACCCUCCUACGACCACGGACAGCCCCCAGAUCACUCGCCCUUACACGGACAUACCGCCCCAUCUCCCGCUUCAACCACUCCUCCGCCUCCACCUCAGCGACUUCCCAGGUCGCCUCGGCAGUCUCAGACACGGUCGCUUCCCUGCGCGAUACUUUUCGUCAAGCAACAGAGUUUCUCCACAGUCCACUGUAUGAUGGUGUAGAGGAGAAGGGGCUGAGAAUGUUGGUGUUUGGAAAGCCGGGGAGCGGAAAGGGUACUUUGAGCUCUCGGCUAAUCGAGCAUUAUGACAUUGCUUUCGUAUCGACUGGAGACGUGCUCCGGAAAGAGAUAGCUGACAAGUCUGAGGUGGGCAAGAAGGCCGAGUCUAUCGUCGCUUCUGGAGGCCUGGUGUCUGAUGAGCUCAUGCUGGAGAUCGUCAAGGCAGAGCUUGAUCGGCUGAAAGGCAAGAGUUUCAUCCUCGACGGCUUUCCUCGGACAUUGCACCAAGGUCAACUUCUAGACAACGUUCUGAAUCAAGAGAACCGGCCACUCAACAUGGUCGUACACUUGAACGUUCCUGAUUCUGUCAUUAUGGCCCGUAUAGCAGCGCGGUGGGUCCACCUCCCCUCUGGUCGAGUAUACAACACCACAUACUCUGCACCCAAGGUCCCUGGGAAAGACGACGUGACCGGCGAAUCUCUUACGAAACGACCUGACGAUACUCCUGAAACGUUCUCCAAGAGAUUACGAGCUUACUACGAAUCCACCGCCCCCUUACUCGAGUACUUUGAAGAAAACUAUCCCGAGUCAUUACACUCGAUCUCUGGUUCAUCAUCCGACGAGGUACUUUCCGCUCCAGCCACCUCGGCUUUUACGAAGCAGGCAUCCCGUUCUGACGCUGCUUCUUCUGCAUCUGCAUUUUCGUCCCCCACCACCAUCAUAUCUGCCUCUUCUUCUUCUCCCUCUUCUCCCUCUUCGUCUUCUUCUUCUUCCGAUGCCGGCGACGAAUGUCCUAUCGAAACCUCAAAACAAAACGCUGCGCUCGAUAAGCUCUGGCCACAAUUGGUCGAUCUCAUCGAACCGUUCAAACUUGAGCGAAAGACUGCUGCUGCUGUGCCCGGGGCGGAAGGGUUGGAGAAGGUGCGGAGUGCGGCGGAUGAUUUGAGGGAUGGUAGGGAGGAAGGUGUGGGGAGAGCUGAGAAGGUGUAG